UAACCAAUUACUUAGAUAUCGAGAUGGGAUCUGGUGAAUUAUUGCAUUGCAUGGGAAAUGAUAACUCUCUGUCACGCAUAUUGUGACGUAUUUUCUGAUUCGGCUUAUUCGAACGCGAUAUAGUGCAAUAAUUUCAACUUCACCAAGUACGAAAAUUGAUCAGAACUAAUACUAAUUGCAGUAAUUAUCUCAAAAAAGUGGGAGUGGUCAGGUUUCAUUGACGUAGGUUCAGCAUUGGGUAGGUGAUAAUGGUUAUGCCAGAAGCCAGUGGUGUUCCAAGAAAAUGUACUUGUUGCUUCUUAGUUAUGUUUGAUUUAUAUUGAUAACAUCAUUAGUACGAUGGCUUUUGUACCUGGAUCAGCAUCACAGCCAACUGCUGAAGUUGAGCUUUCAAUUUCCUGCAGAUCCUUGCAAGGGAUGGAUCUUCUGUCCAAAUCAGAUCCAAUGUGUGUUACAUACAUCCGUCCAUUUGGAGAAAGCCGCUGGGUAGAAUACCAUCGAACUGAGAGAAUCUCAAACUGUCAUGAUCCACAUUUUGUUUCUAAGAUACAUAUGGUGUAUAGAUUUGAAGAGCAACAGCCUUUAAAGUUCGAGAUGUAUGAUUGCGAUUCACCGAGUACCAACCUGGCAGAUCAUGAUUUCCUCGGGUUUGCUACGUGCAAUUUAGCUCAAAUUAUCAAUGGAGGAAAGCUUGAAAUGUUGCUGCAGCCUAGAGAAAAGGGACAUUAUCUCAAUUCCAACUCUAACUUAGGGUAUAUACAAAUAAUGGCAGAAGAAUUACAGACCAACAAAGAUGAAGUUACCUUCAAGUUCAGUGGCCACAAGUUAGAUCGGAAAGACUGGUUUGGUAGAUCGGACCCAUUUUUAGAGCUGCACAAGUCUACAGAAUCUGGAAUGUAUACUUUGGUUCAUAAGACAGAGGUAAUCAAAUUCAAUUUAAAUCCUAGAUGGAAUGUGUUUACCCUGCCUGUAAGAUCAAUAUGUAAUGGAGAUUAUGAACGAAGUAUUAAAAUUGUUUGCUAUGACUGGAAUCGAAGCGGCAACCACAGUUUAAUUGGUGAGUUCUACACUAACCUAAAUUCAUUGUUAGAUGAAACAUCAUCGAGGCGUUUUACAUUAGUCAAUCCUGAAAUACAGGCUAAGAAAAAGGGUUCCUACAAAAGUUCCGGAGAAAUAAUUGUCGAAAAGUGUGAUGUUAGACGUAUAUACUCUUUCUUGGAUUAUAUAAAAGGUGGAACUCAGAUAUUUUGUACUUUUGCCAUUGAUUUCACUGGCUCAAACGGAAACCCUUCAAACCCUGAUUCAUUGCACUUUAUUACGGAGUUUGGACAGAAUGCCUAUGAGCAAGCUAUUAUCUCUGUUGGUACCAUCAUAGAAGACUACGAUUCGGACAAACAGUUCCCCGUCCUUGGGUUCGGAGCAAAGUUACCUCCUGACGGAAGAGUAUCUCAUGAAUUUUUUGUCAAUAUGCAUCCUACAAAUCCUUAUUGUGAUAGGGUUCAUGGUGUUUUACAAGCUUACAGAUCAUGCUUAAGGCAAAUCCAAUUGUAUGGUCCAACCAAUUUUGCAAGUGUUAUAAAACAUGUGAUGAAAUUUGCUUCAACUUACACUGAUGGCUCUUCCUAUUUCAUUCUACUCAUCCUCACCGAUGGCGUUAUAACCGAUAUGCCCCAGACAUGCAAGGCUAUUGUAGAGGCAUCUAAUCUUCCAAUAUCUAUCAUUAUUGUUGGGAUCGGUAGCGCUGAUUUUUCUGCCAUGGAAGUAUUGGAUGGAGAUACUGUAGCAUUGACCAGUGGUGGUAUUCGAGCAAGCAGAGACAUCGUACAGUUUGUACCAUUUUCAAAAGUUAUGGGUUCUCCCAAUGCCGGAGCUUUGUUGGCUAGAGAAGUCUUGGCAGAAAUACCUACCCAAUUCGUAAGCUUCAUGAAAUCGAGAAACAUUGCUCCAAAGCCACCGAUCACAAGUGUUACUACAUUACCACCUGAUCCUUCAAUGUACAACUAAUUGUUUUCAAAUAUAAAUUUUAGUGAAAACGCUUGUGAUUUGAAUGCUUUGGAAUUUUUCUUUAUAUCUUAUAUUUUUCUUCUCAAAUUAUUACGUGAUAUAUUUAUAUUAUAGAGUUUUAAAUUACUUAUUGUUAUAAUUUAUAUUUAUAUAUUUUAUUGUUUAUUUUUAAAAUCAAAAGUAGUUCUAUUAUUUUCAUCAAUUUAAAUAUAAUUCAAUACCAACAGUUAUAUUGGUUUCAUGGCUUGUUAAAUAUUUUAAUACAGUGCAAUCUCAGAAAUCCGAACUAAUGUCUACAGGGAUUUAUUUGAAUUAAGAGGCUGUUCGGUAAAAGUACAUACAAUAAAAUAUUAAAAUUCAAUACAUACAUAAAUCUUUAUAACUCAAUUCACACGUAAAUGUUCACUUAAAAAUAUUGAAUUAGUAUAGAUACAUUGUUUUUUUAAGUGAAUACUUCUUUAGGCGCAUUUUGCACUUUUUUGUGGAGAGUGAAUUAGAUUGAUCUGUCAGAUUUCAUUUGGCAUUAAUGCUCGGAUAAACUCAGCUAGUCGACUAAUUAAAAUAUUUUUACAUAUGGAUUAAAAUAUCUCAGAAACUAUAAGUCGGGCCUGCAUACUGUAAACAAGGAAAUUGUUCAUCAUUUCAUCCUCUCUGUAAUAGCCGUAAUUCAAAAUUAUAUUUUAACGCGACACCGUGUUAGGGUGGCUAAAAGGAAAAAAUAGUGUUGAAAACCAAAUGAUAAAGUUAGUUGAACAUAUGGAUUAAAAUAUUUCACAUACUAAAAAUUGAAUACUGUAAGCUAGGGAAAUGUUCAGCAUUUCAUCUUCUUUGUAAUGAGUUAUUAUUUAUAAUUUAUAUUUCAUAUUAUUAAUCUCGCCUUGUUGAUGUUUUCACUUAUAUUGUAUGGUCUAAAGCAUACACCAUUUUUUUUUUUUUUUUUUUUUUUGCCUUAAUAGACUGUGGCCCUAAUAUAUCUAUUGUGCGCCAUUGUGCAGUCCGUUUUAUUCUUAAAACAUUAGUUUGGUCGCUUCCACGUAUCUUAAUAGGCUUGUUCGAUUGACAGUCUCAUAGCUACUGGGGUGAUCCAUCUGUUCCUCCCCAAAUAGUUUCAGUCUAAGCCUUGCAAAUCUAUCACAUCGACAAACGAUGUGAAAGGUUGUUUCAUUCUCCUCGUGACAUAAUCUGCAUAGUGGGUACGUUAUCAUUCGGAGAUUGAACAUGUGAUAAUUUAACUUACAGUGGCCAGUGUAUAAAAAUGUUGACACAGAGAGACAGGCAAACAGACCAAUGGCUAAAAAUGUGUUUUUCGGAACCAGGGGGUUCUAAAUCGUAUAGAUCCGUCAAAAACUGCAUAUCGGAAAUUUGACCUGAUUGCAAUACUCCUUACCUAGUAUAGGUAAGAAAGUAAUAAAUUAAAAUAGAAAAAAGAAUAUGCUGUAUCAUCGCUAAUACUGGUUCGAUUACGAGGAUUUUUUGUUUGUUUUGUUGGUAAUUUAAUUACCUUUCAAAAGUUAUAUUAUAAAUUUUACCAUAGAAUAUAUACUUAGCGAGUUAGGCCCCAAAACAUUUUUUUUUUCUUUAUAACUGUUUUUCCUGUAUAUUCUCGAGAAUUUAGACCAUAUACAAAAAUUGAAAGGACAAUUAUUAGAACAUUGUAGGGAAGUUUCAUCAAAAUUAUUAUAACAGUUUUUGCGCUACAGUCUAUAGAAAAACAUGUUUUUCAUUUAUUGCGCAUGGAGCAUCCAAUUUUUGUCACAGGCAUCAGUAGUCAAAACCCUACAAAAAAAAAAAAAAAAGAAGCAACAAAAUCGGUUCAGUGGCUCCCAAGAAAAUCUUGGCACAGACAGACAGACCUAUGGCUAAAAAUGUGUUCUUCGAAAUCAGCUUGCUCUGAAACGUAUAGAUUGUAAAAAACCGCAUAUCGGAAAUUUGACUCGAUUGCAAUACUUUCCUUACCUAGUAUAGGUAGGAAAGUAAUAAUACUACAACCAGUAAAUAAAAAGUGUUUUUGUUUUGACUUCAGCAGUAUGUUUCUCCCUGUAUUUUCUCUUAAACAUUGUUGGUAGGAGAAGUAUUUGUUGUUACAACAGAUCGUUGUUUUUAACAACGUUUAUAUGCCUACAUGAGAAAAUUCCUGCAAAUUCGAUGUUGGUGUUACGUUAAAAAGUUUGUCUUUGGUUCUCUACAUCUCAUCUUUUCCUGAACAAAACUUUCCAUUCACCCUUCCUUUUAUUUUUUAUUGGAAUUGGGUUAUUGGGCCUGAGAAGUUAGUAUUGCUGAGAUUGCACUGUACAUUAUUUCAAAAUCUGAAAUAAACAUAUUGAUUGGGUUAUUAAUUAUUAAGGAUCUUUUUUGAUGACUUGUAUGAAUCUUUUAGAAUUAAAGUUAGCUUAUGUGGAUUUGUAUUAAUGAGACUGAAACAGAAUAAAUUACUUUAUGGAAAUAGUGGCCAUUUAAAAAUGUUAUAUUUGUUAAUUAUUUAUUCGUUAUCAUUUGUAGAAGUUAUUAACUAUAUAAACUUUAUAAUAGAUGUAUGAAAACUUCUACACAAUCAUUCAGAGCUUAAGUAUUGCAAAAUAUUUGUAUGCCAUAUUACUUAUAAUUUAGUUAAAAUUUUUUUAACUAAUAUCAUAGUUCAUUGUACCGUUAUUAUUGAUAAGGCAAGUACUUGUGAAGUUGCUGAUAAAUUAACUUUGUGCCUCCUCAAAAUAUUUAUUUUUAAAUUAGAAUAUUAAGUUUUCUUUUUAAAUUUGUUUUUUAAAAUAUUAAAAUAUCUUUUUUUUGUAAUAUUUUAAUAAAAUUCAGUUUGUCCUAAAUCGUGAAUAUAAUACUCAGUAGCAAGAUUAACUAUUUUAAUAUCUUUGAUAUUGAUGCUUAAUUUAUGGUGAUUUAGCUUAAUUCAUAUUGUGUUUUGUUACAUUUUUGAUAUAUCUUACUGUUACAUCCUUAAGUAUAGCCGAAUAGCUUAAGAAAGAAAGAAACUCGUGGAUGGAGCAUAGGCAUAGUUGUUACAAAGGAGGUUAAAAUGUCCCACCUUUACAUAACUUUAGGCAGUUACUUGUUAAAUAGCCAUAAUUUUUUUGUUUAUUUAAAAGUUUUCUAAUUUUUUUACAUUCUUUCAGUUGCAUGGAAUUAUCCGUAACGUGAUUGUUAUUUUAACCAAUCGAAAAAUAAUAGUUUAAAAAUUAUGUAUUUGUUGUUUCAUUUUUUGUCAUUAAAUCAUUGUGAGAAAUUAAUUAUUAAUCAGUCGUUUUUCAAGACAAUAAAAUUUUCUGAAGUAAUAAGUUAAUAUUGAUAGAUAGCAUUUGUUUAACUGCAAUCACACCAUUUUUUUACUAUAUUUAAAUACAAAUAUUUUAAUUGUUGAAUUCGCUUGUUAUCUUCACUUGUCAACUUCAGUAGUUUUGAAACUUCCGAAAACAGAUAAAAUCUGAUAUGUAUCAGUAAAGUUACCCUCUCAAACUAGCUUAUGAGAACUAGGUUUUUAAUUAAGUUUUUUAUCUACUUAUGCAGGAUUCGUCAAACUUAUUCAUGCAAUCAACCCUCUUAUUAAUAUUUUUAUAUUAUUAGACCCAAUUUAAAAAACUUUAAUAUACCUCAUAAUUUAAUUAUAGUGGUUGAUAAUAAAAAAUCGCACAUUACAUAUUAGCAUAAUAUGAUUUUUUAUUGUUUUUAGUCACUUGCAAAAAUAUAGUAUUAUAAUUUCAGCAAUUUUCAGUGCUAUUAUUUUCAGCUUAACAAAUUAUUCCCUGUGAUCAUCGUAUAAUUUCAGAUGUUGCGUGUUUUAAGCUGUUUUGAUUUUGGGAUAUUGAAAUCAAAAUUAUCUACCUCAAUAAUUUUGUGUAUUAAUAAUUGCAUUACUCAUUGUUAAAUUAAAUUUGAACUAUCUGAGAUUAUUGUUAUAGUAUUUUCUUGUAAAGGUUUUGCUAAUAAUAAUUGGUGCUUGAUGCUCAUUUGAGUAAAAUCUAAAAAAAAAAAUAUUAAUUUUAUUUUUUUAAUCCAUAAAGUUUAUAUUAGUUUUAUUAACGUAAUGUUUCCCCAUACUCACUUACUAUUAGUAAUUUAGCGAUUCUGACUGAUAAAUCACUUUUUAUUUUCCUCAACAAUAUUUACUAACUUAAAACAUACAAAAAACUCUCAAUUCAAUUAUUUUUUUAUUAAAAACAAAUUAUAGUAACUAUUCCUAAUUGUUUCUGUUUAUUUCUCAAAAAUAAAAUGUAAGAAAAACUGUAACUAUGCUCUAUCAAUCCUAAAGAAACAGCCCAGUCUCUGAAAACUUAAAGGCUGGCUUGAAUAAUAUGAUAUAUUUAUAUUUUUUAUUUUAAUUAUUCUAUUUUAUAGUAAAAAAAUAAUUUAUUUCUAUAUAUUUGUUUUUAUAAUAUAAUUCAAGUUUACUUUAUAAAGAAUUAAUUAGCAUACAUUUCAUUGUUAGUACUACAUAAUAUAUUUAUAUAUUUUUUUAUGUUCUAUUUAAUUAUUGGUCCACUAUUUAUUAAUAUGCAUUUAUGGAUGUAUGUCUUUUCACAUUAAAGAAUAAUCUCUCUUAUAAGAAUCUAAUAUUUAAAUUGUGAAUGUUUCUGUAUGCCUUAUUCAACUGUAAUUAAUAUAAAAGACAACCUCAGUGAAUUUAUAAAAUUUACAUAUUUAUAUAAUUAUUGUAUAUAGUAUUGGUAAAGGACAGUCCUCAUUAGACAGUUAUCGAUAUAAUGGGAAUGCAAAGAGAAAACAUAUUUUGGUUGACCGAGUUAGAUUGUUUUAGAUUUAUCGCCCUUCCACCAGUCAGUUUUGUCCUUUCCCUAAUUAACAGGCACAAUUAAGAUCGCUGAUAAUUUAAAUAUGUUACGUAAUGAGAAAGAUAUAAUAGUUCCACUGUAUGCAAAAAAUGUUUAGUGGUGUCAAAUAUGUUAAGAAAACAAAGAAUUUGAUUUCUUACAUAAACUACUAUUGGAAAUAAAGCUAUAAAAUUUAUCGAUAUGUUACAAUACUUUUAUCUUACUUACUUUCAAUCAUUGUUAUGUUAGAAGUACUAUUAAAACGUUUUCAUUUUUGAGUUCAAAGUAGUAGUGCUAUAAUUUUGUAUUUUUAAAGAUUUUUGGUACUUUUUAGUGCUAAAAUUUAGACUAAAGCGUUGGAACAAAGAAAAUAAUUUUUUUUUUUGUGGUUUUCACUCAGACUGCAACACCAAACCAGCUGCUACUAAAACUGUCAUCAUUAAACCAUUUAUCUGUCGUCUUCCUUAUAAUACUUUUAUCAUAAUGAAAUAAAAUAUCGAUUAAUUUGCCUUUGUCAUCAACCAGUAGUUUAUAUAAGGAAUGAAAAUCUUUUGUUUUCUCAACAUAUAUAAUUAACUAUAAAUUUAUUCUUUUUUAUUUUGGUAUAAAUAAUUUUAGGUUGUUAAUAGUUCUUGCUGCUCAAAUAAGGGAAGGGAUGGGCAAUGACAUUCAUAACCUAGUACUCGGCUCUAUUCUAUAAUAGAAACUGUCUCUAUUAUUAAUAUGGAAGUGAUAGCAAUUGGUUUUUGAAGUAUAAGAGCUCAUUGUUCCAUUAGGGAAUGGAACUCAAAAAUAUUUACCUUUCUCUUUAGCACUUCUAAAAGAAUUUAUUAAUAUUUUAACUUUUUAAAAAUAGUUACAUUAAAUAUAAAUAUUUCAAUAUUAUAAUAACUACUCUUACUGUGAAACAAUGUACCUGAUAUUAAUUUAGUUGAUCAAGUUGUCAGCCUAGAUAUUUUUGUUAUUUGUUUUCAUUAUUAUUGUUUCAAUGUUUUUUUUUUAAGAUUGUUUAAUUAUGAAACAUUCAAAAGCUCAAUUAUUCAAUUAUUUAAUAUUUUUAUGUAAUGCUUUAAAAACUAUUUUUCUAAAAUGUUAUUUUCCUUAUUUUUUGUUAAUUUAAAUAUUUUAAAAAUCAAAUCAAACGCUGCCUAAUCAUAGUUCUAAUUUUAAUCAUAAGAUUAAUGUUACGAUACAAUAUUGGUUAGAAACGCACAUUUUGUGAUCUUCAUAUUUUAAAGAAGAAUAUGGAUUUACGCACAUUUAAAAUUGCUCUUAUUAAUUUAUAUAAUUCAUUUUGUAUUGCAUUGCAAUCUGUUAUUUGCCUAUGAAUACAUGUUAUAUGUAAAUAUUAUAUUUCUAUUAACACUUUAAUUUUAUAUUUUUAAUGCCUUGUACUUUGAUUUUUCAUUUUAAGGAUUCUUUUUUACUAAUAUGUAUUGUGUAUUACAAUGAAGUUUCAUUUAUCCCAUCGGAAUGAAUUAAAUAUUAUUUUCUUUUCAAUUUUAAAACAUAGACUUAUUAUUCGACUCAAGUGUGAAACCACGCAACUGUCAAAUCCCAAAUUUUCAAAGGGUGACAAAAUAUUUAAUUUUGAUCAAUUUUGGUGUAUUUAUUAUUUAGUUGUCUGUAAUCGUUAGUAAUCUACUAUCAAGUAAAAAAACAAAACAAUCGAUUUUGUAUAUUUAUGUAAAAAAAAAUUUAAUCAAACCUUACGAGAUUAAUUUUCAUUGAUCAUUUCGAAGGUUAUCUUAGAUGAUAAAUAAUCAGGAUUUCAAGUCAUAAUAUGUUUAUUAUUUAUGAUAAUUAUAUAAUUAUGUAUAUUAUAAUAAACAUAUGACUGAAAAUGUUUAUUAUUUAUCAUUUAAGGUAAUCUAAAUUAAACCAUUUUAGAUCUUAUAAUUUCUCAUUUUGUCAAAAUAUACUCUCAAUAUAUAUCUUAAUAUUAUUUUUAUAUUGAAAAUUCUUGUUUUGUUGUUUUUAUUUUAUUAUUGUUUAAAAUAGUUUAUUCUUAGUUGUAAGUAUUAUGUUUUAUUUUCAUAUUUUAUAAUUUUUUUUAUAUAUAUAUCAAUGCUUUAAAAUUGCUACAUAAAAUAUCUGCUUCAAAAGUGGUUAUACUAUUUAAUAUUAGACGUGUUUCAUACUUUUCUAUAUUUAAUAUCUCAUUAUACUAAUGUUAAAACUAUUUAAUAUAUGCUCUGUUAUUCCGGAAAUAAGAAAUUUUAUCAUUGAAUGGUAAUUGCUAACAGAACUUAAAUGCCAAAGAAAUUAUUAUGUAAGAUGAAUAUUUGUAAGUCAGUGAUAUAUAUAUGCUAUAUUUGUAUUAUUUUAGGCUUGGAGAAAUAAUAUUUUCCUCUUGCCUUCGCAUCAUUAAUCUUCAAAAUAAAGAAGAAGUAAAACUAAAAAAAAAUAUCUUAACUCAUGUGGUUUAUUGUAUUGUUUAUGCGCAUGUAUUGGUCAUUUGAUAGAUAUGUGCUGAUAUUGUAAGAAGAUAUAUUUAAAAGUUAGUAAAUCAAAAUUUAAUUACAUAUUCGAUUAAUGCUAUUAUAAUAUUUAUUUUUCUUUGUUUUCUUUCCUGUAGUCAUCAUGGCUAUUUUGUGAUCAAUAUUGAACAAAAUGAAGAGGGAUCUGCCUCCUCGCUUUUUUAUCGCGGUUGAUAAUUGCCUAAUAAUUGUAUGUUUAGAUUAAGUAUUUACCGAAAAUAUUUCUUUAAUGACGUAUUAAUAUAUCACUUGAAAUCUAAAGGAGUCUGCACAUCUUAAGUUUUAAUUUUUAUUUAUUUAUUUUUUAAACCAUAUCAGAAUUGUUUAUCUGUGUCUACUUAUAGCCUGCUAGGUAUUUUAAAAGUUAAUGCAUGAAAUAAGGAGAUUAUUAAAGCCGUAUGAUGAAAUCUCGAUUAGAGUUUUAUUUAAAUCCAGUAUUAUUGAUAAUUAUUUUCCUACGAUCAGUAUUUAUAACAUCAGCACAUAAUUUGAUUAUAUAAAAACAAUUCCAAGUUAACAUGUUAAGAUAUUGGGGCCAUAUUAUCUAGUUUUUAACUUGAUCUGUAACAUAUUUCAUCUUCUGAGUGUAUAAAUAUCCUACAAUUUUUAUAUUUACAUUUCUAACUAUUCUGAAUAAAUAUUUCUAAGCUUUUAAUGUGUUUU